AUGAUACAUCGUCACUCUCUUACUAAAUCUACCACUGCACGUUCCAAGCGCUCGACGGCGUUAAGACGCUCCGUUUCAUACACAGCCGCACUCCCACUUCCAGUCCCACUGCCUGUGCUUACAUGGAUGCCACCUUCUGCCAAACGGAGACCACUUGCGACACAACAUCUUGGAGUUGCAGCACUUGACGCUGGCUAUUGCUGUCAUGAAUUCACAAAGCUUCAUUUGAAUGUUGAGGGUCGAUUGGAACGGCAAGUUGUUCGAGGUGCAUUGGAGAAUGCUACGGGUCAGACACUGUUUCAGGUUCGAGAGAAGCCCCUGUCGUUGCAUCGACAGCGCGCACUUGUGGACACAACCGAGGUGCCUGUGGCUACCAUACGCAUGAGUGCAUUUCGUCGGAAUAAAGUGAGUUACUCGUCAUUUCCACGCAUGGAGACGUCCAAAAAGCCGCAAUUUAAGUUUACAAUGACACACAGCAAGUUGGAAAUGACGUUUACAGACAUUAUGACAAGCGAGACGUGUCGACUCGGAUCAGAGGGCAAACAGGGCGAUGUGGAAAUUUGGCUCCAGCGAGGUCUCUCUGAGGACACUGUAAGACAGCCUAUUGCACACAUGUACCGUGCGCCACCAGGCUCACCGCUCGGUUACUCGCUCGAUAUUGCAAAAGGCGUGGAUGUGGUCAUGGUCAUACUUGUGUGUAUUGCUGUUCACGACUGUGAACCCAGUCUCAUACGGCGAACUCUGAGUCAUUAA